AUGCUGGCGAAUCUGCAUGAACGAGGACUGCGUUUCGUCACGGCAGAUACACUUGCGGAUGAUCUCCCCUUCGAGCGCGCAUUUUUCGGCAACAGACAGGUCCUUGUAGUACCGACUCAGCCUUGUCUGGCCCUGCCUAUUGAUCAUAAGAACAAAUUCUAUCAUAUUUGCGAUGUUAUUUGCAGUUUGGUGGCUCGGGGAGCCAGGUGUGUAAGGCACCAAUCCCGCCCGAGUGGUAUGGAAUCCAUACAGUACGCAAGAAGGCGGAAACUGUUGCGCGUUGUCGCUACGACAACGGAUCCAGCAGCUGAAGAGGCCAGCCUAGACGACAUGGAUCCAGCCGCCCUUGCCCAGCUGCUUGGCGCAACGUCGUUCAAAUCGUUAGAUACAGCUGUCGACGAUGAGUCCACGGGUGAUGGCCGAUGGGCGGCGCUGAGUGACUCCAGCUGCUCAUCUCGUGCUUCCUCUUGCGACGGAUUCCUGUCGCUGCCUGUAGACCUGGACAUUGCGAACGAGGCCACAGCAGCGCAAAGAAAGGUUGACAAGGAGUCCAAGGAGCCAAGAUGCUGGUGGCAUUUCGAGAGGCACUUCGACUACCUGGUGGACCGCAACCUGAGGCCUGUUAUGGACUACGCGCUGGGCAGGUCACCUAUCCUGGCAAACAAAGAUGUUCGCAACAAGACCACCGGAACUCCAUACAUGCCACAUUCGCAUCCUGCAACGUAUACGGGUUGCAAUGGAACAGCUCUGCAGGUGUCCCUGGCGAACCUGGUGCGCGGCUACAAGCUCAUAUGGAAGGAGCUCUUCGGCGGCUACGAGUGCAUCGACAACGAACGGCUUAGCACGCUGCAGUGCGGCGUGGAUAGGGACUUCCAGCAACUGAUGGACUACGCGACCACAGCGGAAUCGCCGUGGGUAGGCGCACUGGUCGAGGAGGUGGCGGCAGCCGCGGCGCCAUUUGCACCGACCACUACCAAUGUAGAUGGCGAAACACAAAUGCCAGCCACAGAUGUGCAGACCAUCAAUGAGUCCCUAUUCAGCGAUUCGCCAGCUUCGGCAUGUCGUAGCGCCGCAUCACCAUCGGACCCUGCGGAGCCAACGUUGCCUGUGACAGGCAGCAAUGCAAAGAAGCCGGUGCAGCCAGCACCACGGGAUCAAAGACCGACCAAUUCUGCGGGCAAGAAUGUGCUCCACUGCCCAGGCUACAGGCGAAAGGAGUCCGAAAUGGUGGCAUUAUUGAGAAAGCGAGGAUUCGACCCGUUUUUCGUUUUCUUGGACCAGCUACUAGGGGGGCUGGAGGGAUGCCGCCUGGGAGCACGAUACGCAUACGCAACUGAUCUGCUCACCAGUAUAUUGCGACUGAUGCCGGAGCUCACCUUCUUGCUUAUUGGCCCCAGGACCGCUGGCGGUGAAGGGGUCAGGAAACGCUGCUACUUCAAAAGGCUGAUCACGUUGGUAGGCUGUUUUCUGAAGUACGUAUGGACCGAACGCCAGUUUUCGCUGCCAGAUAUAUACCGUGAUGCUUCGUGUGGAGGGGUUACGCCCUUCUAUCUGCUAACUGGCGAAAAGGAGCUGGAGGAUAGGCAUGCCAAGUCGGCGAUGACUGCGACGCUGCUGCAUAGGCUCUUCACGCUGACCCGACUGAUCGGCGAAAAUUGCAUGGAAUGGGUCCUGUUAUCGCAUGAAGGCAGCAUGCCUGCUCGUGCCAUAGGUCAGCGUCUGAAGCGGUUCGUCUACUUGCCGCUGCUGUCGAUAAAGCAAGUCCACGAACUUGUGAUACCGAUGAUUGGCCAGUUCACAUGCGUCCACACGUCGCUCGUCGAUUUCGACUAUAUGCAGUGGGUGCGGUGGUAUCUGUUUCCUCCGCCGCCUCUUUAUAAGCUGCGUGCCGAACUUGUCGCUAUCCUUCGGCUGAUUAUCGCAACAACACGGCUCAGUCUGCGCGGGUGUUGCCGGCGCCUGAAUGAGGAGCUGUGCGCCAACACAAUUGCUACUCCCGCUCAAGAUUGCGACGAGGAAUUGCGGCGUCAGAUAUUCCUCUUGCUUACGGGACUGUCCUUCUUCUUGGCACCCGAGUUCCUGAGCACGUGUGUUAGAAACCCAGAAUUCUUUCUGGGAAGCUAUUUCAUCCUCCUCCCCCAUGCGCAGUGCGGUUUGCAAAGGAUGAGCAUCGACGGAUUCGCGGAACGGGAAGUAUACCCACUCCAGGAGGCUGUGCUUGGCCUGUUAAAAUCCACUGUUGACGGAGACAUGCUGUCACGGGACGACCUGCUCGGACUUAAUGACUUUUCACCCGUUCAUUCGACAAUUUUGAGGCGCAUACUAGCGCUAGCGUGGCACUACGCCAGCGCGCCUUUCAUCCGUGACGACGAGCACGGCAUCCCCCUGCGGCCGGUGGUUGCACCCGUGGGCAAUGCGAAGCGCGGUAACAACCCGUGCAGCGGAUGGUGCCGUACAAUGACGGCAUAUUCCGUGCCGUGCAGCGUCGAUUUCUUGGGCCACAUGGCGCUUACUCCAGUGCGCUUCCGCCUGAGGCGUGUCAGCAUGCGUCCGGUAAAGUGCAUCUUCACGACAGCCGAUGAGAUGGAGGCAAAGGUACGGGCCGGGGAGGAAUUCAUCAACCACUCAAGAGUCGCCGAAAACGAUUAUGUGUACAUUAAAGGGGGCGUGUCGAGGCACAACCCGAUUGAGAUGAUCUGCGAAAGCGAAGACACGGCUAAAAACAGCGGCAAGGAUGCCGACGUGCCCAAAGGAGCAGGCACAGAUGCAGUAGAAUUACCACGAAGCGCUACCACACCCGCGAAACGGUGUACACUGGGCUGCAUGCUGCGUCUACACGCGCCCUCAGCUACCACGCAGAGGGUGGACGACCUGAGGCGGUCAGUCAUGCUGCAGUGCACUGGCACCCUGACGCGCUACAUGAACAAACACUCGGACCCCAAAGUCCCCUACGCCACCACUGCCGAAGCUGCGUUCGGCCCCCUAUCACCCAUUUGGCGGGCACUGGCGGAGCUUCUGUGCUCCACGAAGCUCAAAGGCCAGAUGCCCGUCAGCAGAGGCCCCGGCGUUUGCAACAAGCGUGAGGUAUUCCUAGGCCACGCAGUAGACAGAGAUCUCCUAUAG